AUGAAGACGAUGCCGGCCUGUCGCGACUUAUUCAUCGUCCUGGUUCUUCUCCUCAGCACCUUUGGUCAAGGUACUCUGUCUCUCUCUUUCUCUCUGUCUCUGUCUCUCUCUCCCUCUCUCUCUCUCUCCUCCCUCUGAUGGAAAGCGUGAACACGGCGGAGCAGGUCGGUCGCAGCCGUGCACGAGGGACAGCAUAAAGGUGGCGCAGAGAGCGACGGGGGAAAGAUCCCACGGGGUGCCCGUGUACGAGGUCGAGAUCUCCAAUGGUUGCAUCUGCCCCCAGUCAACGGUUUUACUUCGCUGCCGCGGCUUCUCCACCGCCCUCACCGUUGACGCCGCCGUCUUCCUCCCGCUACCCCCCGCCGAGACCGGCGGAGUCCACGGCCUCUGCGUGGUCAACGGCUUCCGGCCGAUCUUUCCGGGAUUACCCAUCAAAUUCCAGUACGCUCGAGCGUCUCCUGUCGAUCUGACUGUCGACAGCUGCAAGGUCAACUGCUCGUAG